CCCAUUCAUUCCGGCAGUUUCGCAUCGGCCGACGGUGUCUGCUUCGUCGGUGGUGCCGCCGAUACAACCAGCAACACACUCACGCUCCGCCCUCUCCCUCAACCGAACUCGCACACACACACAUUUCUGGCUGCACGCGGAGGUUUAUAGACAUGCUUAGGCAGCGGCACAACAACUAACUAGUGUGCUAGUAGACACUCGGUAAAUCGGUCGACUCCGCAGCCAAAACGGCGUCCGCAAAUUUCCAGCACGGCGGCGGCAGGUACCUGCACCACCACCACCUGCCGUCGCACAACUCGGCCAAGAUUUCGGCCGCCGAUGCCGUCGGCUCGUGGGCGUCCAGCAAGCUGGACAAGGUGCCGCCCGAGAACAACAACUACCGCACAGCCCCCGCGGCCGCCCCCGAGCAGCAGCCGGCGCCGCAGCAGGACUCGAGCACCCCGGCGUCCGACUCGAGCAGCAUGCACAUGACGCCCGAGCUGAACGUCUUCAACGAGACGUACACCAAGAUGACGUCGGACAUUUUGGCCGAGCGCACGCUCUCCGAGAUUCUCUCCGAACACCCUGGCGAGCUCAUCCGGACGGGCAGUCCCAUGUUCGUGUGCACCGUGUUGCCGCCCCACUGGCGCUCCAACAAGACUCUGCCGGUGGCCUUCAAGGUGGUGGCCCUCGGAGACGUGAUGGACGGAACGGUGGUCACCGUCCGCGCCGGCAAUGACGAGAACUAUUGUGCCGAGUUGCGAAAUUGCUCGGCCGUGAUGAAAAACCAGGUGGCCAAAUUCAACGACCUCAGGUUCGUCGGCCGAAGUGGUAGAGGUAAGCGAAAAAGCUUCACCUUGACGCUGAUGGUCAGCACGUCUCCGCCCCAGGUCGCCACCCUGAGCAAGGCGAUAAAAGUCACAGUGGAUGGACCAAGAGAACCUAGAAGACAGCAGCAGCAAUUCCACGCGUUUGCCUUUGGUCAAAGGCCUUUUCUUGGCGGUCACUUCGCCAGUCCGCUGGACCCUCUGCAGAGAGCCGACCCGCUCAGCUUUCGCAUGCCAGCCAUGUCAAACUGCCAAAACAUGGGUCAGGCGUUUGGCCUGAGCAGUUCAAACAGCCACUGGGGCUCGUACGGUGGUUAUUUGUCGUACCUUAGUUGCACAGGGGUGCAGAGCAGCGGCUUCAACACCCCGAGUCUACCUGCUUUUGCACCCACCAAUACCACAGACAUCAAUGGUCAAUCAAACACAGUAGCCGCCACCCAUGACACCUUUUCCGCCAACGCCUCAGCAGCCAUUCUUCCAGACACAACUGGCACAGCGUCGUCUUUGGCGACAAGCACCACCACAGACUUCGCAGCCUCCCUGUCAGACACCCGUCUGAACAAAAGCGAUAACAACAGUCCCGUAAGCGACCUCGACUCUCUUGGCCUCACACCAACCUCUCAAGAACGCACCAACACUUCGGCCUCGGCGCUAACCCCCCGUUACAACAACGACUUCUCCCGCUCGCUGGCCGACACCUCGAGUUGCCUGGCCGCCAACCAAGGGGUGCAGCAGUCGUCGCACCAAGGCGGCCACAUGAGCUCCCUUUUGGGCAACUCGGCGGCCUCGGCGGCCAACUCGAACUUCUCGCUCAUGGGCCAAGGUUCGUACGGAGCGGCCAAUUCUCAAAACUCGUUAUACUUGGGUGGGCCAGUGUUGCCCGCGUCGCUGCUCUACUCGCAGUUGUACUCCAGCGUGAGCCAAAACCAGUUGCACCUGCACGGCGGUGCUACCGUUGACGUGAUCGAGCAACCUUCAAUGCACCAGCAAACGGCGUCAGCAUCCCCUGUGAGGGGUCUGUCGAGCGCUGACGAGGUCUCUUCGCAAACGAGAAUGCCCGUUUUGCAGCAGCAGCAAACCCGACACGCGGAUUCGGCCGUCUGGAGACCUUACUAGGGCAUCCCAAUGUAAUUACUUUUUAACUCUUAAGCACUCUCACUCUCAUUUACAAUUACGUGCAUUGUUCAUAUACGGAUCGGUGUUCAGAAGGUGAUUCUGAAAACGGUCGCAGUCGUGUACAUUUGUAAUGUUCGGAAUGUGUUAGUUGCGAGAUGGAUCUUAUUUGCAAAAUUUACGCUAUUCAGGUUUACUAUUGGACCCUGGCAUUGCCAUCUUUAUUGAAUAAAUAAUGAUCUGCCUCACAAUUAGCUUUGUAAAUAAUAUCAGGAUAUUAGCUCACUCAUGGUUCAUGAUCAUCAUCGGGUUACCAAGAUUUAGAGUUAAUUAAUUUUUAAGUGGAGAUUGCCUGUCACGAGUCACAAUAAUUGUAUCAAUUUCACGAUUAAUAAUAAUAUGACGUUUAAGAAAUCUGAGCGAAAUCUUGUGAAAUUUUACAAAUUUUCUGCAGUUUUGGAAUGCGCACUUUAACCGCAAUAAUUAUCUAGUCUUUGUCAAUUCUUCACUACAAAAUGAUUGUUUGACCGCGACCGGACUGAGCGUCUCUGAUUUUUUUUGUUCAACUUGUUGUAGCGCCUCAAGA